CCGUCCUGAUUCCAUAGAGUUUGAUUCCACACGCGAAGAAGGACCUCCAGCUUCCGGGAUCUUCUAUGGCAACCCCCGGAGAAUCUCCCGCAGAGGCGGGAAACACGCCGCCGCAUCCGCCGGAAUCAUCACCGCCGCCGCUGCCAAGUGCUAAGAUUGCGUCGAAGGCGGUGGAAAACGCGGCUUCAUGGAUCGAUGACACACUGCAACAAGCGCUGAUUUACCAGAAUACCGUCACAGAGACGGUGGAGUCCACCAUUCAGGCCUCCAGAUCUCGUUUGUCCCAAAUUCGUGAAACAUCGUCGGCUCACUUUAAUCAAACACUCGAUUCUCUCCGGGACAUUGCUUCUGAGUAUACGGUCUACGAGCAUAUGCUAUUUGGGAAGGUUAAAGAGGGGGUAAAUGUUGCUGCAUCAUACCCGCUAAUAUCAGGCGGUGUUGCUUUUGGAGUUGGGAUUUUUUCCUUGAAAAGGACAAGGCGAUUCUUAUACUACAGUACUUUGCGUAUCUUUUCGAGCGAAGAGGCUUUGCUUUCCCAGGCAGAUCUUAAAGUAAAAGAGUUGCGACAAUCAAUUGAUCGCCUAAAAGCUGAAAGUGAAAAGUUGGAGAGACGUACAACUGUAGCAGAACAAGAGUUGAUCAGAGGAAGGAUGAAACUCAGACAAGCAGGGAAGCAGAUCCAAGGUGUAAUCCACUCAGCUUAUAAAACUGAAAAGCAAGCAGCUGGUUUGAAAGAUUUGCUCAAAGAAUUGCCCAGGAGAGAAGCUUCUCGAUUCCGCUCGCAAGUAUCAAACCUGGCGUCUGAAGCAAAACAGGAAAGGAAUGCUUUGACCAAGGAAGUGAACAAGAUCAGCAACUAUGGAAUCCCUGUUUGAUCGUGUUCUGGUUCUGAGUCCAAACGUCUAGCUUUUUUUGAUUCCCAGAUUCGACGGUACUGAUUUAAGGUCGCACAGAUUGACAUAUUCGAACACGAGAAACAAAGUUUUCACUUUCUUAUGAGGGAAAUAAACGACCAGACAAGAAUGUCAUGUCACUCAUGGAAUCUUCUGUUUUGUUCCAAUUAGGGUUCUUGUAAAAUCAUGGGCUCUUCUUGCUGCUUUGCCAGAGGAGUUGCAGUACUCAAUCAUGGUCCGAUGUUGAAUUUCCAUUGUGGGGUUUUA